GCGAAGCGAUCCCUUACCUAGCGUCAGGAAGUGGCAUCGCUUCCCUUAGUUGCUGUGCGUCUGCGAGAAGGAUCGAAGUAACAGCGCUCUGGCAGUAUGGCUGACAAGGACCAGAAAGACGUCGUGUACUACACUUUAGAUGAAAUACAGAAGCACAACCACAGCAAAAGCACCUGGAUUAUCAUCCACAACAAGGUGUAUGAUGUCACAAAAUUCUUGGAAGAGCAUCCUGGUGGGGAGGAAGUCCUACGGGAACAAGCAGGAGGCGAUGCAACAGAGUCCUUUGAAGACAUUGGUCACUCUACAGAUGCUAGGAACAUGUCCAAAGAUUUCAUUAUAGGAGAACUUCACCCAGAUGAUCGAUCAAAAAUUCAGAAACCAGCGGACACUUUCAUUACUACUACAGAGUCUGAUUCCAGUUGGUGGAGCAAUUGGAUUAUACCAGGGCUGUCGGCCAUCAUUGUUGCCUUGAUGUACCGCUUCUAUAUGGCUGAAGAGUAAAUGCAGCAUACAUGAACCAUAGAAGAAACCGUAAUACUCUGGACCAGAAAGUAUGAUCAUAAUUUUACGAUGGCAUAAUCAAUUUAACACAUAGAGUAUGUUUCAGGGCCACUGAAUUGUGUUGCACGUAUUGUCUUCUCAUGCCUCCUGUAAGCUCCUAAAAUGAAAUGUUAUUGACCGCAUGCAUAUUAAUUCCUCGCUUUGACUUUACAAAAAACUCAAUAGAGUAGAGAUGGGCAAGCCAGCAUGUGGAUCAUCAAGCUAUGUGCAGGCUAAGCUGGGCUUGCAUAAUGUAUGAAGAGUCCAAAAUACUAAUGAAGUGGCCUUUGUGCCAGCUUUGUCUCGCACGCCUCUAUUCUUGAGAGCCCAGUUUAAGGAAGAAAUUGGGCUCAAGACCAACUCCAGUCAACCAUUUACCCAGCAACGUGUUUUGAGAUAUUGGUAAUGUCAUUAGCCUGCAGUUUGAUAUCUUAUUUAGAUAUUUAAUUACAUGUCUGAUAAAUCACAUACUUGUGGAUUGUUCCGUAGCAUCGGCCAUUGAAUGUAACGUGUUGAAGGAUUACAGAUCCUCCACGAACAUCUCAUGGAAAAAAAUGAAAUACGUUAACCUCAAACAGACCUGCCAGUGGUACAUGGACACCACAAAUACUGUGAAUAAAUAAUGUGACAUCUUGACCUGUUGACAAGAUCCGUCUUGAGUAAUGAUUCGCUGCGUAAAAAUAACCUGUCCUCUAAUAAUGUUACUCAUGCUCUGUAUUAUGAAGAUGUUUGUAGAAAGGAAACUCCUCAAUAUGAUUUUUCUAUUAAUUGCCAUUUUAUUUUGUGUUUUCCAGUAUACCUAAAUAUCAACAAUUGUAUUGUAAUUGUACAUGUUGGGUCUGCUUUCACAUUAUGAUAUCGGUGCUGAGAAGUAAAAGGUGUUUGUAAUAGCAUUUUAA